AUGCUGGAGCUUGAAGAGAUGUGGUUGCAUGCAUAUGAUUCAUCCAGGAAUUACAAAGAUAAGGUAAAAUUCUAUCAUGAUAGGAAGUUGAUUAAAAAAGUCUUUAAUCCAGGGCAGCAGGUGCUAUUGUUCAAUUCACGAUUGAAGCUUUUUCUUGGAAAGUUGAAGUCAAAAUGGUCAGGACCAUUCAUAGUGAAAAGUGUGCGUCCACAUGGUGCAAAUGAAUUGGUUGAUCCAGCUGCUAGUGAUCAACAUAGAAGUUGGGUAGUGAAUGGUCAACGUCUUAAGCAUUAUCUGGAAGGAGAAGUGGAGCGUUUGUCCACAGUGAUGAAGUUGGUUGAUCCUUGA